CUUUGAUUUCGGACUCGCCAGUGGGACUCCAGUACAUGAUAAACAAUUUAGAGCGUUACUGUGGAAGGUGUAAUUUAAGAGCUAAUUUAGAUAAGUCAAAAGUAAUGGUUUUCAGGAACGGGGGAAAAAUGGCUAGGAGCGAGAAAUGGACAUAUAAAAAUGAGCAGAUAGAGUGUGUCAACAGGUAUAAAUAUCUGGGGGUAGUUCUAACUCCAACCUUGAAUUUUGAAGCUCAAGUGAGUGAUAAAUUAGACAAGGCAAAAUUAGCAUUGAAUGUGGCAUGGAAAGGUAUUUUAAAUAGUAGUAGUGUAGAUUUUUCAGCCAAAUGUAAGUUGUUCAAAGCUUGUGCAAGGGCGAUCUUGUGUUACGGAGCACAGGUGUGGGGUUUUAGACAAUAUGAUAGUGUAGAAAAGUUGCAGCGCCUUUUCAUCAAGAAGAUUUUUGCACUUCCAAUAAAUACACCGAAUUAUAUGUUGUUUAUUGAAACUCAACUAACACCUCUAUUCGAAUAUUGCCUUAGACUCCAUUACAAUUAUAUUCUAAGAGUUAUGAAAAUGAAAGAUGAAAGGCUCCCUAAAUUCCUGGCUCAACAAGUUAUUCAAAAGAAAUGUUUCUGGUUCAAAGAGUGGAAGAAAUUAAGUAAUCAAAUUGGUAUAAAUUAUGAGUACGAAGUUAAUUGGGAUGACUCAUUUAAAAGAAUAAUCACAGGUUUGAACAAGAUGCAUAGGGAAAUUUUUUUGCGGGAUGCUCAAGAUGGGCGUUUCCACACAUGGUACAAAACUCUCAAUUUGGAACUGGGUGACAAAAAUUAUAAUUAUGAAAUGUGGGUCAUGAGGUGGAUACUUAAAGCAAGGGGUGAACUGAUCCAUUUAAACUACAAGCCAUGGGUUGCUGAUGGGAAUUAUGUUUGCUCCAUGUGUAAUCUGAAAGAAAUUGAGGAUAUUUAUCAUUUCAUAGCUCGAUGUCCUUGUUUAAGAGAAUGGAGAAGAAAAUGGUUUGGAAUUGGGGAGCUAUCAAGGGAUGAUUUCGUUUCUUUUAUGAAUGGAAGAGAUUGGGUAGGGUUGGCCUCCUAAAAACUGUAGAGAUGCCUGGCGUUAUAGGCGAUUACUUACACAGGAGUUCAACUGGUAACUUAGUAUAAUAAAUUGAAACUUAUUUAUUGAAUCUGAGUUGGGUAGAAGUAUCGUGUUAUAAUAUAAUACAAUAUAGGUUAUUCGAAUAUUCUCAGGAGGACAUCAUAGGAAGACGAAAUGAAAGGGAAUAUUAAUUCUAUGUUAUGAUUUCCCAACUGCUGACAGUUAUUAUCAUAAUAUAAAAAGUAUAGCUUUCUUUUUAUGAAAUUAAUGGAUUUUGUUUAGAAUGUAGGUUACUAUUAAAACUAAUUUAUGGAAUAUUCACUUUAUUGAAUUCAACAUUACUGAUUUAUUUUGUUUCUAAGGUUGUUUUUUCUGUUUUUGUUUCACUAUUUAAAAGAACAUUCUGCAUAGCUUUGAUUUAUGUAAUAAUAGUAUUAUUGGGUUUUACCGACUUUCCGGCUGACGAUUGUUUAAUCAAGCCGUAUAAAUGUGUGUUUUCUCAUUCAUUGUAUGUUGCAAAUUUGAAGAUUAAAGCAUUAUUUCUAUUCUAUUCUAACUUGUGUGCUGAAAGAAAAAGAUCUGGGAGGAAUGAGAAAAUGAGAACAAUAAUAAUAAAAAUUAGUUUUAUGAAACGGUGGCUGUUGAGAGGGGAGGGUACAUCACAAGAUGUUUGUACUCAUUUCAACUGGUUUUAUUUCAGUAAAAAUCAGCUGGAAGUUUCAAGUGGGAAUGCGAGUGCGUGAAUGCUGAUUGCAUUUGUGAGAAUGCGCGCGCAACAGUCUAGAAUGAGAGAGAUUGAUGAGAAGGGAGUCGACUGUGCGUGUGACGUAUGACACUGUGACGUCAUCGAUGGUCCAUCUCCGCAUAGACUAUCUCUCUCUUCACUAGCUGCACUGUGCUAACUCAUGCUUUCGCCUAUGGUACAUCUGUACAUAGCGGGCGAUCU